GUUGCAAGUUUUUAUGUCCCACAAUUGGAUUUACAUUUAGUGUGCCCUUCUUCAGCUCCAUUUCAGUUUGGGGUGUCUAGUCUUGGGCAGCAAGAAAAGAAAGAAGAACCGCCUAAAGCUCCAUCUGCAGCCUUUAGCUUCGAUUCAGGUGUCAUUAACCCUCCCCCUGCUGCUGCUGACACCACAGCGACCUCUGAGAGCCAGAGCAGCUUCAGCUUUGGAACCACGGACACCAAGAGCGCCUCAGUGGCUCCUUUCACGUGUCAGACGUCAGAAGCAAAAAAAGGAGAAUCCCCUGCCUCCAAAGGAGGGUUCACUUUUGGCAGCGCGGAGCCUGCCCCCCUGCCACCUGCCUCGUUUGCUCUGGGAAGGACAGAAGAGAAACAGCAAGAGCCUGUCACGUCUACAUCUCUAGUGUUGGGGAAAAAAGCCGACAGUGGAGAGCCAAAGCGUCCACCAGUGUUUUCCUUUGGGAACUCAGAGCAAACCAAAGAUGGGGGUUCUUCCAAGUCAACCUUUAGUUUCAGUUUGGCAAAACCACCUGAGAAGGAAUCUGAACAGCCAACGAAGGCCACUUUUGCUUUUGGAGCUCGAACCAGUACUACGGCUGAUCAAGGUACAGCAAAGCCAGUUUUUAGUUUCUUGAACAACAGUUCCUCUAAUUCAAGUACACCAGCCACUUCAGCUGGUGGUGGCAUAUUUGGUAGUUCCACCUCGUCCUCCAGCGCGCCUGUGGCUACCUCUGUGUUUGGACAGGCCAGCACUCCUGUGAGCAGCUCUGCCUUUGGGAACUCUGCCGAAUCCGGUACAUCUCAGUCUUUGCUGUUUUCUCGAGAGAGCAAACCAGCAACCACGUCGAGCGCGGGCACAGCUGCCGCCCCAUUUCUCUUUGGUGCGGGGGCCAGCAGCAGUGACACUGCCGCCUCUGGUUUCAGCUUUGGAGCUCCCAACACAUCGAGCUCUGCAGGACCCUCCUUUGUAUUUGGCACUGGACCUUCGGCACCAUCUGCCAGUCCAGCGUUCGGUGCGAACCAGACCACAACGUUUGCGCAAAGUCAGGGUGCCAGCCAGCCUAACCCCCCAC